AUGGGAAAGGAGUAUAUCACCGGCGCAGGCCUCCUAAGAUUAGCCCCUAUGCAAAAGGCUGCUGGCACACAAUUACUCAAUAACCUGAUUGAUGCCGGUGAUCAAUGGUUUCAGCAUGUCUUGAGUUGGUCCUUAUCUACACCGACUUGGUUCAUGGCCGGGGUGACGCCCCGCGACCUUGGUGAGAACUGGAUGCAGCAGUACCACUAUGCGCAAAGGAUGUUUUUGGGCUACUUGGAUCCAGAUCAGUCGCCAAGAUUUGAUAUUUUCCCUAUUUUACGUUGGGUACCUUUUCUUGCUUCCGACAAGAAACACAAAGCUAUAGCCACUCGCAAAGCUCUUCUGGAUACCUGGAAACCCAUAAUGGACGCAGGGAAGAGCGAUCGGCAGCCGCUAUUCGCGCCAUUCUCGUCCAAAGUUCUAAAGCAAGCCACGGAUUCAACCAUAAAUUUUACUGACGAUGAGGUUAAUGUGUUCGUAGGCGGCUUGUACGAUGCUACCUGGACAUCCACCGUCAUGAGUGUCAACAACCUAGUACAGGCACUCGCAGCCAACCCAGAAGUCCAGCAGAAAGCGCAAGCUGAGGUCGAAGGGGUUUUCCAAAAGGAUGGCGGCAGCACGCUGACCCUUCCAGAAAAUAUUAGCAUUGACAAAAUGCCAUAUCUGAGCGCCUGCAUACUGGAGGUAUUACGUUGGAGACCUUUGAGUUCUUACGUUUUCGGCCCCUUUGGUCUUCCACGUGAAACAACGGCAGACAUCUCUGUUGCAGGGUACCGCAUUCCUCAAGGAAGCACCAUAGUCAUCAACCAGUGGUCUAUUGCACAUGAUGAAAGCUUCUAUGAGGAUCCUUCAUCCUUCAUCCCAGAACGUUGGCUCAAGGAUCCAGUCGGCGCCAAGAAUGGGACUUCGCAGCGACACCGAAGAGCUGUCUAUUCAUUUGGCGUCGGGUCGAGGGAAUGUUUGGGUAAAGAUUACUUUUACCAGAAUAUCAAAAUUGCCUUUGCCCUGAUAUUGUGGGCAUUUGACAUUAAGCCUGCCGAGAAGCUAGAUACCAGCCCCACGUCUGGUUAUCUUCCCUCAACUGUUAUGCAGGCGAAACCGUUCAAGGUUGAUUUUGUGCCACGGAGACAGGGUACUAUAGGAGCUCUUGUGGAAGAAAAGAUAAAGGCAGAUGCAAAGAUUAGCGAACUCGUCGGCUUAUAA